CACACCUGUAAAACGCCACAGUCAGUGUUUUUCAUUGAAUGAUAAGACUUCUUACUUUUCCAACUCGGAUACAUUUCAGUCUGAGAAUUGCUUUGUUUUAGAGGAUAAAAAACGAAUAUCGACAAUGGGUUGCGGAGGAUAUGUUUGCACGAAGAAUUCCUUAUGCGCUCUGAACAUACUUUAUGUUAUGGUGAGCUUGUUGCUGAUUGGAGUAGCUGCUUGGGGGAAAUGGUUUGGCCUGGUCUCCAGUAUUCGGUUGGUGGCUGGAGUCAUUGGCGUGGGCAUCUUCCUGUUAUUUGUGGCCUUCGUGGGCCUCUGUGGAGCUCUGCUGCACCACCAGGUCCUGCUGUUCUUUUACAUGAUUAUCCUUUUCCUGGUGUUCAUGGUGCAGCUGUCAGUGUCUGCCGCAUGUCUGGCUAUCAAUAAUGAGCAGCAGAAAGAACUCCUAGAGGUGGGCUGGAACAAGUCCGAGGCCACUCAGAAGGAUGUGGAGAAAACUCUAAACUGCUGUGGCUUCUUCCAUCCAAACUAUAAUGGCACCUGUGAUGCGGACUGUUUCUCCAACCCAUUAUCCUGCAACCCUUGUGCUCCAAUCAUCCAAAGUCAUGCUGAGGAGGUUUUGCGCUUUGUGGGUGGGAUUGGAUGCUUCUUCAGCUUCACAGAGAUCUUGGGAGUGUGGCUAACACACAGAUACAGAAAUCAGAAGGAUUCCCGUCCAAACUCUGGUGCAUUUCUAUAACUAGCCUGUUCAUAAAGUCAACUUUGCACUAUCA